CGCCUCCUCGUCGCGCUCGUCAGGUCGUCGUCGACGUCGAAACUCGCCGCCCGCGGUUCACGCCGAGCACCCUCGCGCCGCGCCGAGCGUCGCGCGAUCGAACCGAACCGAACCGAACCGAAUCACCGCGCGGCGCGAUCGAACCGAACCGGUACCUGUCGCGACCGAACGAACCGUCCACGAUGGUCGCGGACGCGUCGACGACCGUCGAGGUGACGCUGUCGGAAGCGCGCGGCGCGGCGAAGACGCCAGCCUCGGAAGAGGACGACACGACCGAGUGGACGAAGACGGCGAACGUCUUCGAGUACGGCGCGGCGGCGAACCCGGUCAUGGCGCCCAUCCCGGUGCUCGUGCACCCCGCGUCCCUUCACGAGACCGGCGACACGCGCGUGAUCCCGUUCGACAUCAACGACUGCCUCGAGAUCGAGACGCACUGCACGUCGCCGAACCUGAUGGCGUCGUUCGCGCGCGUGCGUGUCGGCGAGAGCCUGGACACGUCCGCGGUCGCGACGUCGCAGGCGUUCUACGUCAUCCGCGGCGCGGGCGUCUCGAAGAGCGAACACGGGGUGGUGUCGUGGGGCGAGGGCGACCUCUUCGUCGUGCCCAACACCGAGGGCGUCGUCACGCACACCUGCGUGGAGUCCACGAUGGGCGGCGCGGCGCUGUAUUGGGUCCACGACGAGCCGCUGAUGGACUACCUCGGCGUGAAGCCGCACGGGAAGAAGUUCGAGCCGACGAUGUUCAAGCGCGAGCGCAUGCUGGCGGAGGUGGAGGAGAUUCGACACGCGGCGACGGAGGGCGAGCGGAACCGCCUCGGCGUGUUGUUAGGGAACAAGGCGUGCGAGCAGACGAAGACGUUAACGCACGUGCUCUGGUCGUUACUGAACUCGAUCCCCGCGCGAACGGUCCAGCGCCCGCACCGGCACAACUCCGUCGCGCUCGACCUCGCGGUGUCCGCGUCGGCGAACGUGUACACGCUCAUGGGGAAAGAGAUCGACGCGACGGGCGCCAUCAUCGACCCGAUUCGAUGCGACUGGACCCCCGGCGGCGUGUUCGUGACCCCGCCCGGGUGGUGGCACUCGCAUCACAACGAGUCCGACGACGUCGCGUGGGUGUUGCCCAUGCAAGACGCGGGGCUCUACACGCAUCAGGCGCGUUCUAUACACUGGUUCCCAUACGACCGCCGGACGUUGGACAUUCGUUUCGUGGACGACGAGCUCGCGCUGCACGCGGCGGGUAAAAUUCGCGGCAGCGCGUUCGCGGUGACGAACAAGCAGUACACGGAGAUGGUGGACGUCGGCGCGCAGGUGCCGCACGGUAAGGUGGCGGGGAUGAAGCGCGUGUGGAGCGUCGAGGCCGUGGACGAGGCGGAGGAGAACGGCAAGGCGAUGAAACGCGUCGCGUCGUACCAAGCGAUCAAGCCGCAGGGCGCGGCGGCGAUCGAGCCGCAGUAG